UGUUUUGGAUUUUUUUUUUUUUUAGCUGAAACAUCAGUGUCAUCAUGAUUUUGCAUCAGAUUCUGCGACUUUCUUCCCUUUUUCGCUCUGCUGUUUCCAUUCACUUGCGCAGAAACAUUGGGCUUUCAGCUAUUGUCUUUAAUAAGGCAAAAGAGCUUGAUCCAGUUCAGAAGCUCUUCUUGGACAAGAUCAGAGAAUACAACACAAAGAGCAAGCAAGCUGGAGGGCCUGUUGAUGCAGGCCCUGAGUUUCAGAAAGACAUGAACGAAUCCCUUGCUAGACUUCAACGGAUGUAUGGUGAGGGAGAUCUAACCAAAUUUCCAGAAUUUAAAUUUGAGGAGCCCAACUUUGAGGAGACUCCGAAGUGAUGUCUGCAGGUUGUACACCAAACAGCAGUGUACAUAAGGGAGUUGCUGAACAUGGCACCAGUUGUAACUUAAUAAACACAGUGUUUCAGUUUGAUUUCAGAA